CCACAUUACUUGCAUUAAAACCUAUUAGAACUCUAAAAAAUUUAAUAAACAAUGGCAAACCUCUGAUCGCUGGCUUCGAGAUAUCAAAGCAUAAUAAAGAUUGUUCAUCAACUUCUUGUUUGAAGUCUCAAUAUAUUGAACUUACAAGUUGGACUCACCCGUUCUCAGAUCAAAUGAAUAAUCAUGACUUCUUUGUAAAAAUCUUUCUCGAUGAUCGUGACAAACCACAAGAAUAUGCAGAUCCUUACACGAAUUAUU